AUGAAAAGUGAGGAAAAAGGUAAAAUAGAAAGGAACACAAAAGGAAUUGUGCUUGGAGUAUAUGCUGAGAAGAUCCUCUACCCACCUUCCCUGCACCUACAAAACGUCACAACACAUUGCUCUUUCUUUGUAACCUUUUCCAACAUCUAUCAACAACACAUUCUCUCGUCUUGUUGCUUCUGCAUCAUCUCAUUCAUCUCUGCUACUUCUUCAUCGUCCGGCCACCGAUGGAAGUCGGGAGCGGCGGCGAUACCGUCGGUGCUGAAGUUGGUGGUUUUGUUGCUACUACUACUACUAUCAACAAGGGCGACGAUGAUGAUGCAGUGCAGACGACAAAGAAAGCUUAGCUAA